CGGGCCCACUAGGAAACGGCUGUUUGGUUCGCUGUAAUCCCGAUCCCCCGAAUCGGUUACUCCCCUAUUCCUUGAUUGCGCGUAAUAGGUAAUAUGCCCCCUCAGCACCGAUUACCCAUUCUGCGUUUUUCCUUUUCUGCUAUUCCAUUUUUUGCCCUCGUCCUCAACGUUCCGAUUCUCCAACCCCUACUUGCACAUGUAAUUCCUUUUCCCUUCCACUCACUCUGUCAUCAAUUAUUGUUCAUCGUUUCUUUGAUUUUCAUUUUAUCAAGAAGGAGAAAUCGAUUUCCAGAGGUAAUUAUUUUUUAAUCAAAAGCUUAAAAAAUCCUCAAAGCCUCGACCUUUCCCUAGAAAACCAAACGGUAGAAAACAACUAGAGCGGAUCACUGCUAUGGUUGUGAUAUAAACCAAAGCGGGUCUAUUUUGUUUAUUGUUUUUAGCUAAACAACAAUGGCGGGGAUAGCAAUAUUGCUAUAUCUAUACAGGAAAAACCCAAGCUUUUGCUCUCAACAAAGCUUCCACUCUUCUGGGUUCUUCUCUGUCUCAGCUGCCGCCACAUCAGCCACCGCUACCGUUUUUGCUGGAACCUCUUUUGCCUCCAGGUUCCUUUUUGGUAAUCCCAAGGUUUCUCAUUGUGAUGCUGCUGCGGCAUUCCCUGAAGAUUACAUUUCAAAUGUACAAAGAUUAUCUGAAGAUAUUGUUAAGAAUGUUAAGAACUUAAAAAAUGAUGCUCUCAAAUACGCUGUGAAGGAGUAUAAGGUUGAAUUGAAGCUUCUUUAUUCAGCUUUUGAGUUGAGGCCAUUUGCUAUGACAACUUUGAGAUCAUUUCUGAUGUUCUAUUUGCCACUGUUGGAGCCUGCCACAAACGUAGAAGAAGAUGAUGAAGAUUUCCUGCAGGACACUCCUAAAGAACAACAUGUGGAUUUAGUUGCUCCCUUUAAAAAGUCGGUGAAGCAAAUAAUCCGUGAGACCACUGUUGUAACGACAAGACGGGUUCUUGAAAGACUUGCUGUUAUUUAUGUUUCACAGCGCAUGGCGUGGAAACUCCUUAAAGGGUAGGAGCAGCAUUGAUAAUGGCUGGAUUGUAUCUGGUUAUCCUAGGAAAAAGUGAAGAGAGCAAGUAUCUGUCAGAAAAUCAACCAAUCUAUUCAGUGUCUGAAAAUUAAUGACAUGGAAUCCACCUUCAUUCGGCCGUUGAUGGGAAAUAAAUUGCAAAGCUGAGGCAAAUGGAUGAAUUUUCAUAUCAGCUCCAUGGCAAAGUCAGUCAUCCAAUCCACACUAAUGCCAUUUGAAGCAGCUUGCUGCUAUUGAAAUUGAAGGACAACAAACGUGAAUGAUGGAGUUUCCAACAAUUGAAAUGGGAAAAAGAAAAGUUGAAUUGUUUUGAUCAACAUGUAUCAUGGAUGACAUAUGAAAUAUUUUUUAUUAUUAAUUCUGAAUGGAACAUAGAGGGUGCCUUCUCUGAGCUCUAACAGCCAUGCUUAUGUAUUUAUUUAUGUUUAUUUGACCCUGUUGGUUUGGAUCAUCAUUUUGUGAAGAAAUUCAAUGGUAAUGUUGUAACUUUUUGAUGUUGUAAAAUUUUAUAACAUAUAGAUUAUGACAUAUAAAUUAAUGAAAUCAUGUAACCUUUUGUUAA